AUGAGGAAGGUUAUUCCGAUCGAUGACACUCAUUUAUACGGUAAGUACGAGGGUGUGCUUCUAAGCGCGGUUGCACAAGAUAUGGAGAAUCAUAUUUAUCCCAUUAUCUUUUGCGUCGUUGACAAAGAGAACGAUGCAUCUUGGACGUUCUUCUUUGAGAAGCUGAAGUCUAUUGUGGUCGAUGAACCAGAUUUAAGCUUUAUCUCCGAUAGGCACAAGAGCAUCACCAACGGCAUCGCAAAGGCGUACAAUCAUGCUCGUCACGGAUACUACAUGAGGAACCUAGGUGAAAAUCUCUGGGUAAAUCACUGCUGUGGUGAACACCUCUACCUAUUCUACAAUGUGGCAAAGGCAUAUUCUCCCGAGGAGUUUAGCGACCAUUUUGUGGAAUUCAAGAACUACUGUCCCGAGGCAGCCUUUUUCCUCGAGCAUGAGCUUGGUUUUGAGAAAUGGAGCAGGGCAUAUUUCCCCGGCAACAGUUUUGAUGUGAUGACCACAAAUAUUGCCGAGUAUGAGAACGUUGUAUUGAUUGACAAAAGGGAGUACCUCAUGGCAUCCAUAUUCAAUUCGAUUCCCAAGAGGUUUGGUGAAAUAUUUAGGGAUAGUCGUGCCUACGUCCUCAAAUAUAUGGAUAACAAAUUUGUUCCUACCGUCGAAAAGAUCUUAAGAGACAAUAUGAGCGAGGGUGACUCCUUCUAUGUGGAGAACAUAAGCGGGGAUGAAAGGCAAUACACUGUGUUCGGAAAUGGAUGUAAGGCCAAAGUCGACCUACUAGAAAGGUCGUGUUCUUGCAGGAAGUUUGACCUGGUCAAAAUACCAUGCGAUCAUGAGAUGGCCGCUUUGCGAUAG